CCGCCCGAGGACUCCGGCGGCGCGACCUCGUUCGACGCUCGCGCUCCUCCUCGCGACGCUGGUGGCCGCGCUCGAUGGGUCGUCGCUCGCGGAUGCGCAGACGCCUUUUCCGCCUCCAGCGCCGAGCCCGCCCCCGUCGUUCGUGUUCACGUUCCCGCCGCCGUCGCCGCCGCCGGCGACCGCGCUGGACGACUUCUUCCGCGCGGCCAUCACGCGCGCGUACGCGUUCGAUCGAUACACGAAGGAGACGACGGGCUGUUACUCGUGGCUGUCCUCCGGGCCGUCGCUCGGGGAUUCGGCCGACCGGAACCUCCUCCUGCCUCCGGGGAAGACGUGGGGCGAGGUCGCGUUCACCGCGUACGGGAUCACCGACGCGGACUUUUACAACGGCGGGAGCAUCCCGAACGGUUUGGACGAGCUCGUCGUGACGUUCGAGCUGGUCGCGGUCCCCCAAGGAAGCAACGUGACGACGGACUCGAUCCAGAUCGUCACCGCGACGGGCGCGGUGUCUAACAGUUCGUUCUUUCGCGUGCUCCCCUCGACGUCGUCCUCGGCGUCCGCGGUGGAUACCACGUCGACGCCGUACGCGAAAUACAACCGCACGACGGACGCGGCGUUCGCGGACGACGUCCUCGUCACCGCGGACAC